GCCAACGAAUUUCUCACCCAAAAUGAAACUCCUCAAGCUCGUCCUAGUAGUGUUUUUACAAAUCUACACAAGAGUUAGUGCUAAAUCCCCACCGAUUAUAAUAAUCGGAGCAGGGUCAGCAGGAAUAGCGGCUGCUGCCAGACUUUUCGAAAACAACUACACCAACGUGAAAAUUUUGGAGGCCGAAAAUCGAAUUGGGGGCCGAAUUCGCAGCGUUUUCUUCGGAGAGGCUUUCGUCGACCUUGGUGCAGAAUCGUGUCACGGUACUAAAGAUAACGUUGUGUAUGACCUAGUCAAGGACUUUAACAUUUUGCGGCAUAGUGAUGCUUCUAACGCGGUGUAUUAUUCCUCUAAGAAAACUAUCACUAGGGAGUUUGGUGAAGAGAUUAUUAGUUUAAUUGAUUCGGUGUAUGGGCCUGAUGGUCACCGGAACGUGGUUGAAGGUAGAAGUCUUGGGUGGUACUGUAUGAAGAAAUAUAACUCGACUAUUUAUGAUAAGUACCAGAAAAAUCCGGAUAAGUUGGAAGUCGCUAAGUCUUCUAUGGAUCUGUUGCGUCAUAUCGUUUUGGAUUAUGAAGGGGCGUUUUCGUGGUUUGACCCAUCAGCUAAAAGCGACUAUACAGACUGUGAGGGUGAUAAACAACUAAAAUGGAACGGGAUGGGCUACGAAACCAUUUUAGACAUCCUAAUGAAAAAAAUUCCUGAUCCUGCUAAGCAGCUACCAUUCAAUCAAGCAGUAUUAUUAAACAAAGAAGUAACUAAAGUAUUGUGGAACAAAAAUUCUAGUCAAAAUGGUGUUACCGUUGUGUGUUCAGAUCGUACAAAUUACACAGCCGACCAUGUUAUUUUAACCACGUCUAUAGGUGUCCUCAAAGAAAGACAACGCAGUAUGUUUAUACCUUCAUUACCCCGAGUUAAACGCGAAGCUAUUAGACAUAUAGGUUUCGGAGCUGUGAUGAAAAUUGCCUUAAGGUUCAAAACAAAGUGGUGGGAAGACAAUUUUUCGGGUUUUCUUCUAAUCUGGAACGAAUCGGAUAAACUCCGAGUUCUUGAGGAGUUUCCGCAAGGUCCAAUAAAGCGGGGACGCUCUUGGUUGACAGAAUUAUAUAGUGUGUACCCGGUGGCUCAUAAUCCAAAUGUGCUCAUUGCAUGGUUAACUGGUGAAGUGGUUCCUGAAGUUGAACGCAUGGAGGAAGAAACGAUGAUACCAGGCAUUGAGUAUCUGCUUAAGAAGUUUAUGGGGCAUAAAUACAACAUUUCUAAACUAGAUGCGAUAAUCAAGACCUCCUGGUAUAGCAACCCCCACUUCAGAGGAAGCUAUUCUUACCAAACCCCCAAAGCUCGUCGUAGUCAAGUCACAGCUGAAAUGGAAUUAGCUCAGCCUGUACUAAAUAAAAAUGGAAAACCGAUUUUACAGUUUGCGGGAGAGGCCACGCAUGCCUAUUUUUAUUCAACGGUGCAUGGGGCAAUAGAAACUGGAUUUAGAGAGGCCGACAGAAUUAUUAAUUUGUACAAAUAAUUUAUUUUCAAGGAAUGUGAAAGUUUGCGGUAGUUAUUUAUCUCAACAAAUGUGCUUAAAUAAUGUUAAUUAAGUGAUGUUUUGUUUAAAUAGCAUAAACAGA